AUGGCUGAUCGAGAAGGAGCGCAACCAAAUAACGCCAUGGUGAUUCACGAGAGAACUGGUUCGUCAAAUCUCGUUUGUCUGAAGUUAACAAGCACCAAUUAUAACACGUGGACGGUGAUGAUGGAGGCGAUACUCGAUGCCCAAGAGUUGUGGGAAGCGGUGGAUCCGGUGACCGGAGACGCCGUUGAUGCGAAGAAAAACAAAGUUGCACGAGCCAUAAUAUAUUCGGCACUUCCGGAAAAUAUUUUAUCACAGGUUGCUACAACCCGAAGUGCAAGGGAUAUUUGGGAAGCACUCCGGGUGCGAUUUCUAGGAGCCGAUCGCGUUCAACAAGCCCGUUUACAAUCUUUGAAGCGGGAACUUAAUCAAUUAAAAAUGAAGGAGACCGAAACCGUUGAAGAAUUUGCUGGAAAAAUAGGGGAAAUUAGCAACAAAUUCAGAAGUUUGGGAGCCACGCUCGAUGACAAGGAUCAAGUUAAAAAACUUCUUGAUAGUAUGCCUGAUAAAUUUAUUGCUAUAGUGGCUACCAUCGAGCAAGUGGCUGAUCUCGGGACUAUGACGGUUGAAGAUUGUAUUGGUAGGCUUAAGGCAUUCGAAGAACGAAUAAAGGGACGAGAAGUUGCGGCCGAACUAAUGGGAAAGUUAAUGCUUUCUAAUGUUGAUUCUCAAUUCCAACGAACAAACGAUCAAGAUCGAAGAAACCAAUCUGGUAGAGGACGUGGUAAUAACUACUCUCGUGGUCGAGGCCGUGGUCGAGGCCAAGGGGGUGGUCGUGGACGUGGUCGGAAUCAACAAAACAGUGACAAUCGCAACAAUCAAGCUCGUGGCAACAAUGAUAAUUGA